CAUUUAUAACCAAUCACAGGACUUGUGGUGUUAACUUCUCUAUCAAAAGUUAGGUCGAACUUCGACCCAGCCGGAAAUUAAUUGGUAUAGUGCAACCUAUAGGAAUUGGCUAAAGGGAGGAUACUUCUAUUGACUAAAAUAUCUCAAACUCUUUUUUGUUACAAGGGGAAAAAAUUAUGCAGUUCCGCCAUUUUCAAAACAUUGAAAGCUUGUUGUGACAUGCUUCGUUUAUGUUUUGGCCUAGCUUUUAUAUGUUUCUGUUUGAAUUCAGUAAUAGUAUUCUGAAGCAGAAUUAAUUUAUAGCUCCAGUAUGGCAGCUACAGGCUCUGAUAAAGCCCAGCAGAAGUUUACAAAUCUUCGCCGACGUCUUGACCAGCUUGGAUACCGUCAAUCUCUUGGCAUUGAAUCGCUUCCCCUUGCUGAGAAACUCUUCGCUGACUUAAUCCACACGACCGAGAGCUUGAAAAAUGCCAAGCUAGAACUGAGUAAACAGAACACAGAUUCUAAGGAAGUUUGUUCUGCUGUUGAGCCUUACAAAAGUGACAAUGCUAAACUGGUACGAGAAAACAAUGAACUGCAUAUGGAGCUCAUUAAAAUGAAAGAACAGAAUGAGUCUAUUGUUAGAGAAUUUAAGGCUUCUUUGCGAAAGCUGGAGCAUGAAAACACAGACCUGAAAUUUCUGAACAAUCAGUAUGUGCACAAACUACGACAACUUGAAGUCGAGGUUACGGAAAAGUCUGACAAGAUUCUAAAGCUGCAGGAAAAGAACUCCCACGCUGUUGUUCAGACACCAGGUGGUAAAAAGAAGAAUAUCCCAUUCCGACGUCAGCGAAUGGAAACCGACUGUACUCUUCCAUACUUUGAAUGCCCGCCGUACAAAGUUCCCACCCCUCAUGACCCCUAUGUCGCAGAUCUGCUGCAGGUUGCUGAUGCCCGGAUUGAAGACUUGGAAGCUCAGCUACAAAAGCUGGAAGACGAGAACAAUAUUAUGGACAGAAAACUUAAGACUUUCCGUCAGCAGGUUGAGUUAAGGGAUGAGGAGAUAGACCGACUGAACAGGAUGCUGGACGGCGGACGACCCUCGGACGUGAUGGCCCUGGAGGCCAGGAACCGGGCCAAUGAGAGGAUGAUCUCACAUCUCAAUAUACAGGUUGACUUCUUGCAACAGAAGAACCGUGAGAUGGAGAGAAAAUUACAAGAAUGUACUGUUUGUCGGGAAGAGGCAGAGGCCAAGUGUAUCAAAAUGCAGGCCCGAAAUCGCGAUCAGGAACUAGAGCUGCAGGAACUGGAAUCCAUGGCGAACAAGUUACACACAGACAAAACUAUUGUUGUUAAGACUGCUGACAAAGAGAUGAAUGAAGCAAAGGAUGAAUUGGAAAAAUCGCGGCAUGAGCUUGAGGACAUGGACAUGAUUGUAGCCCAGUUCAAAGCAGAGGCUAAUCGGUUGAAUAAGGAUAUAACAGAUUUAAGAGUGCUGUUAUCGGCAAAGGACAAUGACAAUCUUAGAAUGGAAGCUUUACUUGACAAGCUGCAGGAGGAGAAGAAGAGAAUGACGCAGCGUCUUAAUAAAAUGAUGGUCAAUGAAAAAGAGCUGGUCUUGGAAAUAGAAAGGUUAAAACGAAAGAAUGGUCCAAUAAAAAAGGGCAAAAUACCGAGCAAACUUGAUGCAUUUAUUCGGAGUAUUGAGGAAGAGAGAGACUAUUACCGUGGGCUGGUCGACUCUCUGCAGAAGCUAGUCCGUGGCGAACCCCCCCGUGCCCACACCCCCAUCCGCUCGAGACCGUCUUCCCGAUCUGGCAGUCCGGUCAGGGUAUCGGUCAGUCCUGCCAGAGAAUCAUCUUCCAAAACUAAUAAAAAGUCCAUUAUGCAGUAUGAAACUAUUCUGCGGGUGCUAGAAGAAGAGAGGGAUUAUUAUAAGAAAGAAUACGAAGUUCUGAAACUUAAUAAGCGAUCUGGCACACCUGUGCGAUUCUCUCCAUCAAAGAGUGUUAAGGAAGAGGCUGAAGUGGCGAGGUUGACAAGAGAACGGGAUGAACUGAAGGGCUUGCUGGACAAGUUCGAGCGACAUAUGGCUGAGAUCCAAGCAAAUGUUAAAGUUCUAACCUGUGAGAGAGACAGGCUUAAUAACAUGUAUGAUGAGACGCAAGAAGAGUUGAUGAGAGUCCGAAGAGAACUGGUUGCAUCUCCCAAGUCUCCCAAGACCUCCCUAGCUGCCCAGGCUGUACUGCGUCGAGUAGAAAAUGAGCGCGACGAUGCCAUCGCGGACCUCAGGCGAAUGUGCACCGAGAGAGACAGUCUGAGAGAAAGACUGAAGAUUGCUACAGAGACUUCACUCUCUGACAGAGCUAAACUGGAGCAGAAAAUUGAAGACUUGGAAAAUACGCUACACACGGUGGAGGCUGAGCGGAGUGAAUUGAGUCUGAGACUGAACAACUUGAAGGACGACAUGAAGAUCAUGGAGGAGCAGAUCAAAGACACGUCCCUCAAGCUGAGCGAGGCUCUCGAGGAGGCGUCCCGCAGCAAGUCGCAGGCCAUGCAGAUGAAGAUGCUGGCUGAGGAAGCUGAGAAAUCCCUGGAGGAGACGCAGCGUCGUUUGAGUCGACGCGAGAAUGAGCUGCAGUCUCAGGAGACGCGGGCGGUCUCGCUGGAGGAGCAUCUGUCCGAGAUCAACCGCGCGCUCACGCUCACCAAGGACGAGAACAGUCAGAUGAGGAGCACGAUCAGCUCACUGGACCGCGAGAAAGACUCACUGCAGCUCACUGUAGACGAGAAGACGGAGAAACUCGCUCAGCUCAAUAACGAACUGCACGGAAAGGACAGGCAUAUAAGUGAUUUGAAAACCAGAGUUUCUGAAUUAGAAGCACAGCUAGAACAUGCUAAUGACAAUCUGUGUCUGAAGGACCGUGAGCUGAAGAGCAUGCGCCGCCAGUUGGACUCGAUGAGCGAGGACCUCACUGAAACAAGCCGCAGCAAGGACAUAGCACUCAGGGAGAACAGGAGACUGCAGGACGACUUGGGCGUCAUGACCAAAGAAAAUCAGACCCUGAACCAGGAACUGCAGGAUCUGCUGGAGGAGAGAGAAGUGUUGAAGACUCAGGUACAGGAAUACAUUCUGGAAGUUAAAAGAACAGAAGAUGUGCUGUCAUCAAAGGAACAAGAGCGCUCUGAUCUGCUGGAGCAGUACCGCCGCCUGUCGAUGGAGGCUGAGCAGUACCAGACUACCUCACACCAGCUGGAGAGCGAAGGGUCGAACCUUCGCCUCGAACUCAUGACCAAAGACUCGGAACUCAGACGAUACCGGGAUAAGAACGAUAACCUGGAGAGAGAAAUACAGGAGCAUCUCCAGGUGCAGCAGACGUAUGAAAUCCAGGUGUCUAAUUUAACCCGUUCUGUGGCCAACCUGGAGGAAAACCUGAGACAGUCCGAGGAUGAAAAGCAGAAUGUAUUUGCGGACUUGACGGCAGUUCGAGAACUCUGCAGCCGACUGGAGGUGACCAAAGAGACGCUGCAGAGACAGCUUACAUCAGCACAGCUAGACAGAGAACAGCUCCAGAGCCAGAUCGAGGACCUGCAGCAAGAGGCGAACCUGUUGAAGAACCAGCAGGACACAGAGCGCAGCAACAACAAGAACCUCGAGGGUCUGCUCCAGAACAACCGCGAGAAGGAGUUCCAGUUCCAGCUGUCCCUGCAGGAGAAGGAGGCCGAGGUGCAGAUGUUGAAGGACAGGCUGUCACUCAACGAGAGCAAAAUUCAAAGCCAGAGUCGAGAGAUAGCGUCUCUGAGGACGAGGAAUGUUGAACUGGAAGGCGAUGUGGAGAGGUUGCGUAGACAGCUUACUAAUGAACGAUUCGAGAGGGAGCGAGCAGUUCAAGAAAUGAGACGUCAUGGCAUUUCUCCGCCCGUGUUGAUAUCCGAGUUUACCAGCUCUACCCGAGCAUCAAGAACAUAUAGUCCGGCGAGGUCACGAUCCAGAUCUCGAUCUCGAUCCGGUAGUCCUCCCAGGUACAGAAAUUCAGAAAUUUCUAUGUUAAGUUCGUAUGGCCGGCCGAGAUCACCCGAGCGAUAUAGAGAUAGAAAUAGCCUGCUGACAAUGGGCGAAGAUGCAUUGAACACCACACCAAAGAGCUUCAGUCAGGAUGUUCUGUGAAGACAUUCAAUACAUGUGUCAUUGAAAUUCACCCAUGUGCUAAGACGGCGUAAAGUUUUAUCCAAAAUACUACACUCACUCGGAUUUUGGUGUGUAAACUCCGACAUGCAUGUAACCUGUCUAAAACUCCGUAGAAUAUUAAUUUAGUAGUAAAAGCAGUAUAUUUGCUUUUAAUAUCUGGACAAGAGUUGUAGAGGAGAUCAAUAUCUGUUUUGUGAUCUGCAGUGACAGGUUUAUUAGGAGACCGUCACACCAGCAUAUGGUAUUUCAUGGAAUUUAGUAACAACUCUGUUGAUGCCAAUCGUGCAUUAGUAUUGUAUACAACUGGUAUGCAGUGUGGAUGUGAAUUGGGCAGUGCAGCAGAAUUUGGCAGAUAAAGCACAAUAUAACGAGCAUUAUAUUUUUAUUUUCAACUUAACCUGACCUCAAACUAUUGCCAUUUCCCCCCCUAUUGUAAUAGACUGGUCCAAACAUCCAAACAUCCUGUGGAUGGCGUGAAAUCUUCCAGUAUGUCUUCUGCUUCCUGUUUGGUCAUGUGAUGGAGCAUAAUUUAAGCAAGGGAAAAGUAAUCCUACUUUUUUGACACUGUAUAGCUGAAAUUUGUAAUAAGUUGCUCUACUCCAUUUGUACAGAGCAUUGUUGAAAAAUAGGAAAAACAAGUCUUUUCAGUAAUUGAGCUACACUGAGGAUUCAUGUUUACCGUUUUACAUUCCCAGCAAUUUGCAGUCAUGAAAGAAAACACUACAUGCUGCCAAUGUAUGCUCAUGUGACGGUUCCUGUAAGAAUCUGUUUCUGCAGUUUUGCAACAUUACAUAAAUUGAUUCAAUUUAGCCCCAAGUUCUAACUGAUUCAUAUUUUUAAUGUCUUUUCAUCUGGUAUUACUUCUAGAUAAUACUUUCAUUUCUGUUUAAUCAUUUAGCACCAAUUUAAAACUGUAAAAUUUGGUUUUUGUUGUACAAUACCAAGAAAAAGUCUGAAAUUUGUUGUUAAAAAGUAAAUAUGCCAUUUGUUUAACCAUCUCAGAUAUGAGUUCACAAAAUUGAUUGUUAAAGUGUUAUUUUGUGAUGGAACAGAGCACUGCCAAUAUCAUUAUCUGGAAACUCCCAAAACUUUCAGCAAUGAUCACGGGUGCUGUAAUUUUGGAUAAUUAGAAAUGACAUCGCAAUGUAGCUGGCAGAUAUUUAAUUAUCAUUCUAAUUUAAGUCCUUUACUCUUCCAGCUACAGAAAGUAUAUCAUAGACUGUUCUGGCAUUCAUCAUCACCAUCAUUCAUAAAUGUGUAUUCUUUUUAGCUUCUCUUUUAGAUCCAUAAAUCGGGGUUAAUGAAUGUCUGGUAAUAAAUGUAUUCUACCCGAUGUUCCGAUUUGGUGCUAAGUCAUCUCUUAUUGGUAACUUGGCUUCCGAGUAUGAAUGAAUUAUUCUAAUGAUUCAUAGUCCAAGAUGACUAUCAUGGUCUCCCUUGAACAAGACUAUUGAACAGCUAACCGACAGAGCAUUCCAGAUGUUUUUUGUCACAGAGUUCCUACCUUGUAUGGUUAUUGUUCGAGCCUAUUUGCAAGUAUAGAUUGUGAAGAAAGACUGGCUCGGACAGGCUAGGCAGCGUCUGGAUCAAGUAUUGUUAUAAAUUUUGUUUUUCUCAUUACAACUGAAAGACGGUUAAUUAUCUCAACAUCCCCUGAAAGAUGGCUGAACCGAUUUUGACGUUGAAUACAUUUUGCUUGUAGUAUUCAUCUCAAGAAUAAUUGAGUUUGAAAUCCAACUUCAGUAUUUAUCGAUAGCAUUACAAGUAGAUGCCUGAAUUCUACAGGGCUUCUGUUUUGGUAUCUAUCUGUCCGUCCAUCCUUUUUGUUUUUAAUUUUAUUUAUUGUGGUGUGUAGAUAAAAAUUAGAGCAGGUUAUUGUUAAAUGGAACACUUAUAUACACUACGACACGCAAAAUAUAGUUAGAAAUGAUAGUCGUAGUUUUGCCUUAUCUUUGUGUUGUUGAUUAGUGCUUACUCAACAAGCAUUUCUGUGAUAAUUUUUAACUUCCCAGGAGUUGCAACAUGAAGACAGAAGCAUUGGUGAGCUCAUCAAAUGCCGAGGUGUUGACCAAGGUCUAUACCUUGUGUCGUAUUCCGUCCAUUUAUUUUUACAUUUAGUACAUAGCCUUACAUCCAUUUAAAUAUCGGUACAGAUUUAAAAUUAUGUUGUUUAAAAUUGUAUGUACAUACAAGAUUUAAAAUGAAUUUAGAGAAUGUGAAAUGGAAUUUGAACAAGAAAGGAUAAUUUAGUUGAAUCUGUGUUUGUCUAGAGAAUAGAUAUCAAAGAAUUGUGUUGAUAAUUGUUAGUCUGUAUGGUUAUUUAAAUGGAUCAACUCGGUAUAUUUCUAUUUAUGUAUGGAUGUUAGCAUUAUAUAAGAUAGGACUUUGUAUUUUUGAUAUUACUAAAAUAAUAUUAUUUAUAUACAUAUUUGUAAUAUACCAGUGUAUAAUACAUUCUAUUUAUGAUUUUUAUUUCACAAUAUCUAGGUCUGUUAUUGAUGGUUUAGGUAUGUACAACAUUCCUGCUGUAAUAAAUAUUCUGAUGUGAUUUUUAUAAAGGUAUUCCUGCACAUUGUGUAGGAAUAGUUGUAUGACACUGAAGGACUGUAAAGCAUGUCAUGGAACAAUUAUCUAGAACAAGUGUGAUGAAACAUUUAUAUUUAAAAUGUCAAAUAGUGAAUAAUGUAUCAUUGACAUCCUCAAAUUUUAAUAAACAUAUGUCCAAAGACU